AUGAAUAAUCUAGAGCGUGGAUGGAUGUAUGAUAGGUUGGAUGGCCGAGGGGCUAUAAACUCUAGAUUCAUUACUGGUGUGAAUAACUUUACCCUCUUUGCAUGUUCUCAACAAAAUUGCAUCAGUGGUAACAACAUUAGAUGUCCAUGUAAAAAAUGUCGCAACAUUAAAUACAAGGAUGUUGAAACGGUUAGAUAUCACCUUCUUCAUGAUGGAUUUGUUAAGGACUAUUUUGUUUGGAAAUAUCAAGGGGAAGCAGAUCUGAUAGGUGAGAUUUCUUUCAGUAAUGAUUUGAUCAAUGUUGCUCAACUUGAAUUGGGAUAUGAUAAUCCAUAUCGACAAAUGAUUUUGGAUGCUGCCGGUCCCAACUUUAACCAUGGUUACAACAAUAUUGAAUCUGGACCAUCUCAUCUGUAUGAACCUUCAAUUGAGGAGGAACAUGAAACUUCGAUGGAGGAAGAGCCUAAUUUAGAGUACCAAAAAUUUUAUGAAUUGUUGCACUCUGCUGAUGCAAAAUUGUAUCCUGGUUUUUCCCUCUCUCAACUUGCAGUAAUCUCUCGAAUGUUAAAUAUUAAGAUGAAAAAUAAUAUGUCACUGAGGGGUUUUAACCAAAUGAUGCAAUUGUUUAAAGAGUCUUUACCGGAAGAUAACCUAUUAGUUGAUAGUUAUUAUCAGACUAAGAAGCUAGUGCGUAGCUUAGAUUUAAUGGUUGAAAAGAUUGAUUGUUGUGAAUCGGGUUGUAUGUUAUAUUGGAAAGACCAUGAACAUCUUACCUCUUGUAAAUUUUGUGGCAAAGAGAGGUAUAAACGUCGAGUUAGCUCUCGUAAGAGGAAAUUGGUCCCUUACAAAAGGAUGUAUUAUUUUCCUUUGAUUCCUAGAUUGAAGAGAUUAUAUGCAUCCCAUACUACAGCAGCUGACAUGACAUGGCAUCGUGAACAUAUAAAAGAGGAUGGAGUAAUGUGUCAUCCAUCAGACUCUGAAUCUUGGAAGAACUUCAAUGAAAGUUAUCCUUUUUUUGCCGAUGAACCAAGAAAUGUUAGGUUGGGGUUAUGUACUGAUGGUUUCCAACCAUUCAGUCAGUCUGGGAGAAAAUAUUCGUCAUGGCCAGUAAUUGUCACUCCAUACAAUUUACCUCCAGGGAUGUGCAUGAAAGAGGCUUAUAUGUUCUUAACUGUCAUAGUUCCUGGGCCAAAUAAUCCCAAACAUAAAAUUGAUGUUUAUCUGCAGCCUCUAAUAAAGGAAUUGAUGUUGUUGUGGGAGACGGGUGUAGAAGCAUUUGAUAUGGACAGCUAUGAUGUGGACAAUCAGUGA